GAAGUAGGCCAUAGCCCAGUCAACCAUCGCUCGUCGCGCGCGCUGCCUGUAUCGUAAUUAUUACAAGUGAAUUGUCGCCACUCCGACGCGGACGCCAUGACUAAUCAACCCCGUAUUUUUCCGUGAAUUUCACGCGAGCACUGCAAGGUUGCCUUGCGCUAUACGAAAACGUGCCAUUACAAACUCUAUCCACUUUUUCAAUAAGUACAUUGGUGUUUAUUUCUUUCUUUCUAUAGCAACAGCGUCCCAGCUGAUCGUUGACGUUUUAAAAUAAUAAUAAAACGCGUUCAAGGAUGCCACCAGCGCUGCAAAACGUGAAAAUGUUUAACUCGAACUCGCGGUGUGACAUCGCACUGCUUUCCGACUUCAAUAGUGAUGAGUGCAGCAAACCUCUUAACAAUAAUACAGUUAAACAAAGUGAAAGUGACAGUGUUAGUGAAAAAAGUGAUGACUUUGACUUGGCUAAAUAUGAAGCCAUGGAUUUUAAGGCACAAAUACGGUGGCCCGAUUUAGUUGUACAGAUUUCUUUACACUUAGUAUCAAUAUACGGAUUGUACCUGAUAUUAACAAACCAAGUGAAGUUCUUCACGAUACUUUUUGUUCUUGGUACAAUCUACACAUCUGGUUUCGGAAUCACUGCCGGCGUGCACAGGCUAUGGUCACAUAGAGCAUAUAAGGCGAAACUGCCGUUGAGAAUCUUACUCGCAUUUCUUUUCACUAUAACUGGUCAAAGAGACAUAUACACUUGGGCCCUGGACCAUAGAGUACACCACAAGUAUACAGAAACGGUAGCCGAUCCACACGACGUCAGACGAGGAUUUUGGUUUGCCCACGUCGGAUGGCUUGUACUCACACCGCAUCCAGCCGUUGAGAAUAGAAGGAAAGCUCUUGAAAAGACAUCUGCGGAUCUCAUAGCGGACCCCGUUGUUAGAUUGCAGAAAAUAUUAUUUAUUCCACUGUUCUCAAUCCUUAACAUCAUACUUCCCUUAUGUAUUCCUAUUUACUUCUGGGACGAGGAUUGGAUCACAAGUUUUGCUGUCAGCUUCGUGUUAAGGUUCACUAUAACCUUGAAUAUAGCCUUCUGUGUGAAUAGUUUUGCUCACUUAUGGGGUAAUAAGCCGUACGACAGGUUCAUAAAAUCGGUGGAAAACCAGCUCGUGAGUCUUGCAGCGUUAGGCGAAGGCUGGCACAACUACCACCACGUCUUCCCCUGGGACUAUAGAACAUCUGAACUCGGCAGGAUCAACAUAUCCACGAAUUUCAUCGACUUCUUUGCGAAAAUUGGAUGGGCGUAUGAUUUAAAAGCAGCUACAACAGAUAUGAUCAAGAGGAGAGCAGACCGAAGCGGCGACGGCACUUAUCAUCCUCACGAAGAGCCUUACCCUAAACAUAAUAUUAACCACCAUUCCGAUUAACUUUUAUUUUAAUUAGUUUAAUAAUAAAAUAGUUUGAUUAUUUUUUAUUAUAAUUAAUUUAUUAAACAUUAUUUUUAAAUUACCAAAUUCUAUCAAUGUUUUCCAUUAGUUUUUGAUGUUAACCAUAUUUUGCACUUUCUAAGUAAGUUAUAAAGUUUUUAGGCUGCUAGAUAUUAAAUUAAAAUUAAAAAUGUACCUAAUCUGAUGUAGACUACGUUUACGAAGGUUUUCAUAAACAAUUCAAUAACGUUUUAUAAUAAU